CAAUAAAGCCACAAACCCUAGAAUUGGCGAAGCCGGAGUAGAGCCAGAGGAAGCAGAAGCCGCGACGCUUUGAAGAAGAAGAAGAAGAAGAAGAAGAAGAAGGGACGGAUCCGGCGGAGCGAAGCAUGGAAGAUCUGAAGAAGAGAAAGCUCGACGAGACCGCCGGAAACGGCGGUUCUUCUGACUCCGAAGAGAACCUCCGCUCGCUCCUCGAGCCCCUCGCGAAGCCCCACCUCGUCGAGCUCCUCGCUAAGCUAGGAUCCCAAUACCCUUCGAUUGCAGAAGAAAUAAAAAGUAUCGCGAGUGCAGAUCCAGUCCACCGAAAGCUUUUUGUCCGUGGCUUGGCCUGGAAUACCACUUCAGAAACCUUGUGUGCUGCCUUUCAAGGUCAUGGAGAAAUAGAAGAAGGUGCUGUCAUUUAUGACAAAAACACAGGGAAAUCGCGCGGUUAUGGUUUUAUUACUUACAAAAAUAUCGAGUCAACUCAAAUUGCACUGAGGGCACCUAGCAAAAUGAUUGAUGGAAGGAUGGCUGUCUGUAAUCUGGCAUGUGACGGACUGACUGGGUCAAGUGGUACACCUGAUUUAGCUCGGAGGAAGCUAUUUAUUGGUGGAUUGUCACCGGAUGUCAGUAGCGAGAUGCUGCUCAGUUUUUUUGGAAGAUAUGGUGAUAUUGAAGAAGGUUCAGUUGCAUAUGAUAAAGAUACAACUGAAUCACGUGGGUUUGGAUUUGUUACUUAUAAGGCAUCUGAGGCUGCCAAAAAAGCCAUUGAUGAUCCACAAAAGCUACUUGGGGGACGGAGCAUAACUGUCAAGUAUGCAGAAUCACAUGGACGCAGAACGGCACAGCCACAGCAACCUACUACAAUGGUUCCAAUGGCACCAAUGGCACCAGGAUAUCCUCAGUCAGGAUAUCCUCAGACUGGAAAAGCUUAUCCUAGCAUGGAUCCUGGUGGAUAUCCUUAUCCUCAAGCUGCACCAGCUUACCCAGGUGCCGCUUACCCUAGCCCUCCUGCAGCACCUAUGCCAUAUGCGGCACAGCCUCAAAUGACUUACCCUCAACUUGCUGUGAAGAAAGACCAACUUGGCGUCGCUCCAACACCGCCUAUGGGGAUGGGUGGCUAUCCUUAUUACGGUAACAAUUAGUAAUCGGCUCAAAAAUGGUGUAGCAUGGGUGGCUAUCCUUAUUACACCACACAAGUGCUGCUCACUCUAGCCAUCCUGCGGCACCUAUGCCAUAUGCGGCAGUCUCAAAUGACUUACCCUCAACUUGCUGUGAAGAAAGACCAGCUUGGCGUCCUUCCGACACUGCCUAUGGGGAUGGGUUUCUAUCCUUAUUGCAGUGCCAAGCAGUAAUCGACUCAAACAUGGUGUAGCAUGACCCCUCUCCCUCUCUCUCUCUCUCUGAAUUGGAAGUUCAAAGUUUUGAAUGCUUAUUUCUGUAUCAUUUCUAAUUUAGUGGUGACAUCUAGGAUGCUUUGAUCUUUCUAUCCAUUGCAAUUUAUUUCGGAGCAGAGAAUAUACCUGGAGAUUCAUAGUUCUCUUUCUAGA